CAUACAGCAACCCCGCUUUGGGACAGAUAAAUAACAAACGGAAUAUUGAAGCGCCUCGUAAAAAGUUCUGGUAGGAGAGAACAGAAGAGCCGCGCUCGGUUUAAUCCUGGCGAACUUGUUAUAAUAUAAACUCAGUUGGGUGGUGUGGCUGCAACUCCGAGGGCAAAGGACAGCUAAACGCUAAAGGGAGAAACGUACCGUGUCUUUAAAGGGCAAGUCCUUCAUUUCAAAAUGCGGCUCCUUUGCCAGAAAUGACAUCCACUCGAUUCAAGACUCUUCUGUGGAUCUUUUGUCGUGAUUGCAGGCGUGUCAAAAAAAUGACCGUGGUUCCAUAGAGGCCUAACUUGUGUGUGCCAAUUAUGUGAAAAAACAAACUUCACUUGUGAAACGGAGGGAGCAUGUUGGACUUCUGUCAUGCUAACGAAUGGUCGGCAAGAAGUAAUAAAGGCAUGUGUUUCCCUACCGCAGCUGAAAGCACAGAUCUUUUGCCAUGGUUCUAAGAACGUAACCAGAACAGAAUGCUGCUACACAGAUUUCUGCAACAAUGCCACCAUCUACUUGCCCACAGGUCAAGAUACUUCAAACAAAUCAAAGCUAGGACCUGUGGAGCUGACAAUAGUUAUAACCAUACCAGUGUGUGUCUUGUCUAUUGUUUUACUGCUGACAGCAUACACAUGCCAAGGACACUACUGCAGAUACAGAAAGAAAAGAAGGCCAAACAUUGAAGAACCUCUGUCUGAGUGCAAUCUGGUGAACCCAGGAAAAUCUCUCAAAGAUCUAAUUUUUGACAUGACAACAUCGGGUUCUGGGUCUGGUUUACCUCUCCUUGUCCAGAGGACAAUUGCAAGGACCAUUGUUCUUCAAGAAAUAGUUGGAAAAGGUCGAUUUGGCGAAGUCUGGCGUGGAAAAUGGUGUGGAGAGGAUGUUGCUGUGAAGAUCUUUUCCUCAAGAGAUGAAAGGUCUUGGUUUCGCGAAGCAGAAAUCUACCAGACAAUCAUGCUGAGACAUGAAAAUAUCUUGGGUUUUAUUGCUGCUGAUAACAAGGACAAUGGCACCUGGACUCAGCUGUGGCUUGUAACUGACUAUUAUGAGCAGGGCUCUUUGUUUGACUACUUAAACAGCAACACUGUGACAGCUGAUGGAAUGGUUAAGUUGACAUUUUCAAUAGCCAGUGGUCUAGCACAUCUUCACAUGGAAAUCGUUGGAACCCAAGGAAAACCAGCUAUUUCACACAGAGACCUGAAAUCUAAAAAUAUUCUAGUCAAAAGGAAUGAAACCUGUGCUAUUGCUGACCUUGGGCUAGCUGUGAAGCAUGAUUCUAUAUUAAAUACAAUUGACAUACCACAGAAUCCUAGAGUAGGAACCAAGAGGUACAUGGCUCCAGAAAUACUUGAUGAUACAAUGAACAUAAAUAUCUUUGAGUCUUUCAAGCGUGCGGAUAUCUAUUCUCUUGGACUGGUGUAUUGGGAGAUAUCCAGAAGAUGCUCAGUUGGAGGAAUUGUGGAGGAGUACCAGUUACCUUAUUACGAUGCUGUAUCUUCUGACCCUUCAAUAGAAGAAAUGAGAAAGGUAGUCUGUGAACAAAAGCUGAGACCAAAUAUCCCAAAUCAGUGGCAAAGCUGUGAGGCGCUCAGAGUUAUGGGCCGAAUCAUGCGUGAGUGCUGGUACACCAAUGCGGCAGCUCGACUGACAGCGCUUCGCAUUAAGAAGACAAUUUCUCAACUCUGUGGACAAAAUUCCAAAGCUUAAAUUUACACACCUUGUAAAAAUGGAGCAGGAAAUACAUUUUUGUCUUUGGUUUUUGUAUUGUUUUUGAUUUUGCUCUACCUCACAUGACGCUAAGGAUAGUAUUGCAAAGCCCAAGUCCCAGAAUACUAGAAAGUAGCUUCACUGGUUCUUCACAUUUCAUCAGGAGUAAGUUUUGGUUGCUGGGUGAUGUGUGUCUUGUUUUGGCUGGUAUAGGAAAAGUGAUUUAUUUAUUUUAUGGGCAUAAUCCAUGAAUAUGCUCCAGAGUGUUGACAUGAUCCUUCCUGCCAUGGCAGCAGAAACCCCUGAAUCACAGAGAAUAUAUGAGAAGUGAACAUCAUCAAGGAAAGUGUAUCACUAUAGCAAUCUCCUUGUUUGCGUUGGUAGUAUACAUGAAUUUGAUAUGCUAGACCAGAAGUUAACAACUUGUGAGCUAAUUUUAUCUCAUCCUCAGUCUAACUUCACCUUUUUAUGCAAAAACUGCUUCAUUGUGGUAAAAGCUGUCUCUUCAUCCUCCUGGUUAAAAAAAGGAAAAAGGUUGAAAAUAGGUUUCUUGACCUACUUUUGCCUUUGGUGGAGCCCACUGCAUUCUGGAAAGUCAUCUCUGAGGGGGUGCAGCUUUUAAAUGCAAGAAGGUUAUUUGCUCUUCUAAGUAAACUCUGAGGGUACUAAAUGCAUUGAAUCUAUAUUAAAAUACAUUGGCCACUGGCUUUUUAAAAUAUCUUGGAAAUUAUUGGCCUUUCAGUUCACCUCAAGAACAGAGAUGUGAGCCAUAAGAACUCAUAAGAUGAUGAGCCUGGAGAUCUCUGGAAGAUAUCAUGCUUGACUGUAGGCUUUCCUUGGAAGAUUUCCACAGGCUGUGUCUUAAUGAUGAUUAGAUUCACCUGGUAGUUUAUGUUUUCAGCCAGCAGCAAUGCCUGCCUUACCUUGCAGCAACCUGUGGGGGGAGGGGGGGACAGAUUUUUGGGAGAGCUUCCAUCUUUUGUUCAGGAAGCCCCUAGAGAAAGAUGAGCCCUCUCUCUACUGGUGGCAUUACAAAUCCCCCUUCCUAAUGCCUUAAGGAAAGCAUACUAUUUUAUGACCAAAGGAAAAAGCACAAGCAUACACCCUUGACAUUGCCAGUGUGAAGAAUCAGAAGGAGAUGCUGCCAGUCAGAGCUGAUGUUAUUGGGCUAAACAAGCCAAAGAUUUGGCUUUUUUGCAUUCCAGAGGAAGUAAGCAAGUGAGAGACUGAGACCAAAAUAUCAAGGCAUUUUUUCACAGAACUUUGUAGAAUAGGUGGUGCAAUAUGUUUGUGUGUGUGUGUGUGUGUGAGGGUGCAUAUGUAUGUGUAUAUGUGUAAUGUGCAUUUGUGGGUAUAUAUGCACACAUGCAUACACAGAUCUUUUUUAUUAAUCAAAUAAGAGACAUUAAAUAGAACAUGCUUAACUGUGAAAGUUCUUGUUUUAUUAUUAGUCACAUUAUAGAUGAUCAUUUAUUUAAAGCUUUAACCACAAUGUUAUAGUUAAAUGUCGGAAAUUCUAUAUGUUACAUGUCUUUUGCCUUCAGAUUUAUAUUUGUGAACUAAAUAUUCUAAAUCUAAAACAGUGUAAAUGCGACAGGAUAAAUCUAAAAUGUCUGUUUUGUGGUGCCAAAAUUUAGAACAAAGUCCUAACAAGGCGCUAAUGUAAAAUAUGUAUAAUACUUACCUGACUGGGAAAAAAAAAGCGUUAGAGUGUUUGGCUAAAAAAAAAGUAUUAUUUUACACAAGUCUGCAUUGAUCCAUAAUUUUGAAAAAAAAAAUCAAUGAAGACUGAAGAAUAAAGGAAUGUCAGAUAAUCGCAAGUAAUAGAGUUUUAUAAAUUUGAAAAGUGGAUACGUAUAUAUUUAAAUAAGUCUUCUUCUGGAGACCAAACUUGUAGUGAGUAUUGGAUUUGGGAGGGUGGCAGAAGUCUUUCUCUUUCUCUGUUUUUUUUAAGGCCCCAUUUUUAGAGCAAUAUAUUCUCUCUUGUAGGUAGAAGUCAAAGCAGAGCUAUCUAAGCAGCAAGAACAGACAUUCAGUUGUGAAUAUGCAAUUGAAAUCUUUAUUCCCACAACCAGAGUUGGAUAGACGUAGCUUUUUUGUGUUAAGAUCUUCUCAUGCAACCAGUGUUUUCCCAUGUGACAAAGCCUGACCGUCUAGGGAGAUAACACAGGAACUAUAAUUCUCAUACGUGCCUCUUGUUCCCAUGAAUCCAAAGUGGCAUGGAAUUAUCAACUCUGAGGCAGCUCUUGGAUGGCCCCAAUUAUUCCACUUCAUAAACAAUUUGAACAGAGGAAACUAAGACCAAAUUUUCCCAGUAUUUGUGGUUGUAUCUGUCUCUGUGCAUGACAGAGAGAAAGAGCUGUUCCCAACCAGCCACCCAUACUGUAGACAGCCUGAAAUCCCAAAUGUUGAGUCUCCAAAUUUCUAGAAAAAAGGGUUGUAGCUUAGUGGUACGGCAUAUAUUUUGCAUGGAAGGAGUCCCAAAUUCAGUCACUGGGGCCUCAGGCUAGGGCUAGAAAGAUUUUUGUUUGUCAGUGAACAAAAUGCUAUCCUGAGGAUGAAGUCGGUAUCACCUUUAUUUUAUUAUUCUCUCUCUCAUAACAGAAACCGAGCCAUUGUCAGUAGUGUUCAUGUUAACUUUGGGGUCUUAAAAAUACAAAUAAGGGUGUUGACUUCUCUCUGAAAAAAAAAAUCUAAAACCUAUAUGCAUCUCUGAGCCAAAACUUCAAAAGUGUAGUCAACCAUGCAGGUAUGGUUUUCAAAUUUCACUGAUGCUGACUCUUGUGAUAUGAAUGUGACCUGUGCCAAUAAAACAGUACACAGGAAUGUGUAAGUUGCCCAUUGUCAUCUUCAUCAGUAUGACCAUUAUUCUUUUAGUUUAGACUAGUUUUUAGCAUAAUGCUUGAGAUUUUGAUGGAAGUGCAGAGGUAACAGCAGCUCCUAGUCAACCUGGGCUGAACUCCAUAGCUAAACAAGAUCAGCCCUGGUUAGUAAUUGAAUUGGAAAGCAUUUGCCAAUUCCAGGGGUGUAAACUAGACUAUGAAAUCAGAAAACAUCCAUCCCAAAAGAAAGCAGUGGCAAACUAAUACUGUAACAAUGCCAAGAAAAUGGUGUGGAUGUAGCCACUAGGAGCUGAGUUCAACUCAAGGGACUUCAAUUAAUUAAAUUAAACAUUAAUGAUAUUUAUGCUGGUAUGAAGGCAACUAAGAAGUGCGUCACAUAUUCAUGUAUAGUGGUUGAUGAUGUUCCCUGUCUUUUAAUUUGAAUUGUGAUCUAAAAGCUCUAUGUCUGAUCAUUUCUAAAUGGUCCAUUUAUAUACCCAAGAAUCAUUUGAUGCUGCAUUUCAAAGCUGAUAAACAAGCAAAAGUAGGAACCGAUCCUGAGUCACCAAUGGUGACUCUUUGAGACUUAGAAGUACUGUAAUCCUCUUGGAUUUUCUACAGUGGUCAGUCACUCUUCUAUUUGUCAUUUUGCCACCUUUUAAAUUAGAAUCCCAUUCACUUAAAUUAAUAUUGCUGUGUGAAAAUAAAAGAGUGAGAAAUGGCUUGCAUGUGACAAAUUGUUGCUUCUAUUCAUUGUUCUUUAGGGACUGCUGACAAAGUCUGAAAUCUAUAAGCUGUGCAAUUCUCACGUGAAUAAUUACAAUAGUUGCCUUACCGUUAACAGGAUGCUGUCACAAACAGGGAGUUUGUCUUUUAAAAUCCUUUGCUAUAGAUAAGCUUGUGCUUUUCUUAUUUGUAUGAAGAAACCUGGAAGAAUCAAGCACUUCCCAUUCCUUACAGGCACCACAGUUUUAUGGCUUAGGCAGAGAAUAAGUACUCAGUGCACAAAAUAAUACUCUGGAAUGUGAUGAAAGUGCAAUAAAUUAAAUCUGAAAAAUUUAUGUGUAAGCCAGUUGUAUAAAUCUACGCAGGAAGAAAUAAUCUCUGAAGUUCAAAUGAUGGCUAAUGGAGGAGCAGAGCUCCAUUCCAGAAGGGGAAGUCGUAAAUUUUCAAUCUGCGAAUGCCAAUAAAGAAUAUGUGUUAGGAAUAGAUUCCUCUUAAAACCCAAACUAACUUUGAAUGCAGUUAUGGAAUUGAAUGAUGGAAUUACAGUUUUCAUACUGUACAUGGUUUAACCUAGUGUAUACUGUCACAAGAAAAUAUUUAUUUUUUAAACAAAUUGCUUUAAUAUUGCUGCUGCUGCCUCUAGUUGUAAAUAAUAUAUAUCUGAAUGUUGUAUUUUUGUAUACCUACUUUUUGCCUCUCAAAGCAUAUUUUUAAAGUGCCAAUUUUACUAUAUUAAUCUUUCUCUGCUGUUUGUUUUUGUGAAGCGCAACCUCUUUUAAAUAAGAAAAACCGAAUGUCUAAGAAAUGUAUCUUGUUUGCUGCUAAUCACAAAUAAUUAAAACAUAAGCCAUUCCA